GGGCAGACAACCAGCAUUUCUUUUCUUAUGCACCUGUCACUCAAUGUAUUCAUUACAUCAAAGAACAAAGAAAAGCAAUUUCAUUGGCUAUUUCAGUAGAAUCGAAUUAAUAAGAGCUUGGAUCUUCUGUCUUCGAAGUGAAUAUAGUGCCAGUGUCUGAGCCUUAUACUUUAGUCGGAGUUCUUUCGUGAAUAAGGUCAAGUAGGAUAUUUUGUAAACGAUUCCUUUACCGCUAUAUAGUUUUCACGACACUAUCCUAGUCCUUGAUAUCUGCUAUGUUGUACGAACCAUAGCGUGCAUUGGAGCAGGGAUUAGCUUUCGCUGACCCUGAUUAUAGAAAGUCUUCCAUGAAUUUCAGAUGUGGUCAGAAAUAAUCGCAACGAAAGAUCCCUSUGCCACGAAGAAGCUUUAUUUACAAAAGAAUUGGUAACUUACAAGAUAUAGMAUGAGAAUUAAUCAAACCGAAAUUAUUCUGUUACYCAAUGUAUCGUCAACCGCAGCAAACAAURCCACCAGYGGAAUGGAAUCUGGAGAUUUUCUUGCAACAUUUCGCCUUCCACUUUCUUUAAUGGCGUCGGGRGUUGUUGUUGGAAAUUCUCUYGUAUGUGCACUUUUCUGCAGGUUUCGAAAGCUYCGAACAAUAACAAACACGUUUGUGGUGAGUCUGGCUGUUUCUGAUUGCUUGGUUGCUGUUGUUUUUGUGCCAUGUUUUCUCCUUCAGGGCCAAGUAAAAUAUGUCCAACUUAUCGUACCAUAUAUCAUUGGUUAUAUUCUAUUUGCCUAUCUCUUUAACUUUUGCGGAGUGACAUACGACCGCUACCAAGCCAUUGUAAAGCCGUUGUCUUAUCAUGGUAAAAUGACUCGUUCGUCUGUCAAUAAAAUUCUUUUUGUGGUUUGGAUGGUUCCUUUUGGUAUGACAAUAGUGCCAGCUACUUGGGAAAACCAGCCYCCSAAAAYAAAGGCACUAGCACAGAGAAUUAAUCAGGGKUUUUUAAUAUUCGUWGUUACUAUCUUAGCAGUGAUUAUCUUCUUGGCUUACAUGAAAAUCUUCCAAGAGACACGAAAACAAGUAAAAUGGAUGUUUUCAGCUGUUGCUUCCAGCGCAGGGAAAGCUUUACACUGUUCGUCCGCUCCAACGCUCGAGAAAAACACCCUUAUCAACGAGGUGAAGAAACUAAACAUGACCAAAAAAAUUUCCUUAAAUAUUGCGGCUGAAGUCAAAGCAGCUAAAGUGUUUGCUGUUUUGAUCAUUACAUUCUCGGUGUGUUGGCUUCCUYUKAUUAUCAUCAACAUUAUCGAAGCCUUGGGSUUUAGAGCUAGUGUGCCGAGUAAGUUGAUAGAAGUUUCUUUGUUYACGCUGGUCGGUAACUCUCUAAUCGAUCCAUUUAUAUAUUCUCUUUACAAGUCGGACUUUCGRCGAGCKUUAAGRAGAMUGUGCSGGUCCUGCGUUAACGACUCUCGUAACGAGAAAGAAUUCACGAGUAACUGCAGUAAUUCUUGCCAUAGGGACUCAUUUCGGUCAACAAAGUUAACUUCAUCUUCAGCUGUCAACACUAAAGGCAGCUCUCUUGGUGAUCCGUUAAAUGACGCCCUUAGCACAGAAACGUUUGUAUAGCUAGACGAACUAAGCCUCGAUUACCUGACAUUAAAAGCUAUUAUURUAAUUUCAACGCGCUUUUGGCUAAGACGUCUAAAUCCCCUAUUUACCACAAGAAAAAUAUUCUAAUAGAUCACAAUAAGUACAUUUUAGACUUUAAAGGCAAAUUUGAGUGAAUCUAAGGUUUGCGAAAACACUGCCGCAACUUAUCAAACAGCAUAUUAAUUACAGUUUGCGAAAUAAAUAAACUUUGRAACUAAAACACGUAUUACCGAUUAUAAUUUUCCUUUGUCAUGCAGUGCUGUAUUUGUUUUGAAUUUGGUGUAAUGGGUCAUGACAACUUUAGGUUGUAUAAUUGAGAUUGAAGAGCGCCGCGCUAGUUGUUCAUUAGUCUACAGUCAUAGAAACUGACAGGUCAAACCAAUCGGACUAAUGGUAUCUAAACGUGACUUAAAUAUUAGCUCAUAUAGUCAAAAUACAUCUUUAAGACAUACAUUUGAUCUUAUUCUUUGCCUAUAAAAUUAAGAAAGAUGAAUUUUCGGCUUCAAUUUGCAACAAUAWUUGGAUUAGAUGACAAGCCCAAAGAAGAAAAAAUCAGCUUAUUUUCCCGAGACGAAUUAAAUUUGCAUUUUCUAAUAAGCUAACGUCCUUAGAUUGUUAAAUAUUUUGGYUCCUAUAUGCCAUGCAGUGUAAAUAAAGAUAUCAAGACCUUUUUCAAAAUAGAUCACAUUUUUCCGUGCGCAAAGGUGUGACAWUCAAGACRCAAUUUAUCGCUUUGUGUUCCGACUAAUUUUAGUUCAAAWAGGAAAGAAAAUUAAGAAGUAAUUGCAGAUAUUCUUAUCGUUAGAGGAGAUUCAAAAGUAAAGCUUAAUUGUAGGCAUAUAUCAUGGUGUUUUUAAAGAAAUUGCUGGAAGCUAUUAUGAUUUAGGUUUAGACAAAGAUAAUAGCAAUAAUAUUUUGUGGUAUAUUUUUUUCACUUUACAAGCACGAUUUCAGGAAYGAAGUCUUAUGGAAGUCUAGAGCAUA